AAAAAUCAGGAUCUCCAGGAUCUCAUUACAAGAGCAACAAGAGCGCUUGCAGGAGACUGUCAGCAUGGAGAAGCAGGGGAUUUUACCCAGCUCCCUCUAAACUACCCGGAGAGAGCGGAAAAGUCCUGCAGCCUCUGGGUAUGGAGAGUGCAAUCACACUGUGGCAGUUCCUUUUGCAGUUGCUGCUAGACCAGAAACAUGAGCACCUGAUUUGCUGGACGUCUAAUGAUGGUGAAUUCAAGCUACUCAAGGCAGAAGAAGUGGCUAAGCUGUGGGGCCUCAGGAAAAACAAAACUAAUAUGAAUUAUGACAAGCUGAGCCGAGCGCUCAGAUACUAUUAUGACAAGAACAUCAUCAAGAAGGUCAUCGGGCAGAAGUUUGUGUACAAGUUCGUCUCCUUCCCUGACAUCUUGAAAAUGGAUCCCCAGGCCGUGGAGAUCAGCAGGGAGAGCCUUUUGCUGCAGGACAGCGACUGCAAGGUGCCUGUGGAGGGCAGGGAGCAGCACAAGCAUGGCCUGUCGGCGCUGAAGGGCGCCAGCCGCAACGACUACAUCCACUCUGGCCUCUACUCCUCCUUCACUAUCAACUCCCUGCAGAGCCAGCCAGACCCCUACAAGCCCAUCAAAACGGAGAAGCUGGAGGAGAAGGCAGAGGGGAGCACGGCGGUCGAAGAGGUUCGGACCGUUAUCAGGUUUGUGACAAACAAACCAGACAAACAGGCUCUCAGGCCCAUGGUGUCCCUGCCUUCCACCUCCGAGACAGCAGCAGCCUCUGCUUUCCUCAGCUCCUCAGUGUCAGCCAAAAUCUCCUCCUUAAUGCUACCCAACAGUGCCAGCAUUUCAUCUCCGUCGGCGUCCUCCUCCUCCUCCAGGUCGCCGUCUCUGUCUCCCACCUCGCCCCUCCCUGCAGAACACAGGAGCCUCUUCUUUGAGUCCAGUUGCCACGACUCAGAUUCCCUGGAGCCUCUGAACCUCUCCUCGGGCUCCAAGGCAAAGUCUCCAUCUCUUCCCCCAAAGGCUAAAAAACCCAAAGGCUUGGAAAUCUCUGCCCCACCCAUGGUUCUCUCCAGCACCGACAUCGGUUCCAUCGCCCUCAACAGCCCUGCGCUCCCCUCGGGAUCCCUGACUCCAGCUUUCUUCACUGCACAGACCCCAAAUGGAUUAUUGCUGACCCCAAGCCCACUGCUAUCUAGCAUUCAUUUCUGGAGCAGCCUCAGUCCUGUUGCUCCUCUGAGUCCUGCCAGGCUGCAGGGACCAAACACUCUGUUCCAGUUCCCAACUCUGCUAAAUGGCCACAUCCCAGUACCACUCCCCAGUCUGGAUAGAGCUUCUUCUCCAGUCCUGCUUUCUCCCAACGCUCAGAAAUCCUGAUGGUGCCUCCUCCUCCUCCUCCUCACGCCAAGGACUUACUGGUGGAUGUAACACUUCAUUCCUUUGUGGGUUUUUAUCCCUCUCCCCCUUUCCUGUGUCACGAGAAGGACAUUGUGAAAGCCUCUUCUUACAUUUUUGGUUUGCACUUUUUCAUGACCUGGAGAAACCUGUUUUUUUUGUUUUUUUUUUUGUACUUUUAAUUACAUUAACCUCUUAUUAUUAUUUUUGCAGCAGUGUUUAUAUAUAUCUCUCUCCCCCUAAAAAUAUAUAUAAAAGCUGUUUUGCGUUCAGUGAAUCCUUUUUUGUUGUUGUUUAAUGCCUUAGCUCUCAAGUGUUGAACACUUCUCUUCGUCCACGAAGUACUUAAUGGAUCGCAGCGAUGUAUCUAAUGAGGAUGUGAAGCUUCCUUUUGUUCCUUUGGUUGGGGUUUAAUCUCUCUCUCUCUUUUUUGUUCGGGUUUGUUGUUUCCUCUGCCCUCUUCUCUCCCCUCCCUGCCUAUUAUGCGUUGUGCUUGUGGAAACUGUAACCGGCUGUGCCUUCUUCUGCAUAAUGCCAUGUAAAAUGAGUUAUGUAUUUUCUAGUGUUAAAAGGAGUUGAAAGGACAAAAGGACUGACCAGCC